AUGGCAACAACAACAGGGGCCUUCAUUGCGGGCGGCAUUGCAGCAUGUGGAGCGGUCACCGUCACACACAGUUUUGAAACCGUCAAGAUCCGAUUGCAGCUACAAGGAGAACUACAGUCAAAAACUGAUGCGGUCAAAAAAUACAAGGGCGUCACGCACGCGGUCAAGGUUAUCCUACAGAACGAGGGCCCACAAGGGCUGUUCCGCGGGAUAGGGGUUGCUUAUAUAUACCAAAUUUUGCUCAAUGGAUGUCGUUUGGGGUUUUACGAGCCGGUGCGCAAGGGUCUCACCACCGCAGCCUAUAAUGAUCCCCAGGUUCAAUCUCUGUGGAUUAAUGUUUUCGCUGGAGCUUCGUCGGGUAUGAUUGGUGCUGCUGCCGGCUCUCCGUUCUUUCUCGUCAAAACUCGUCUUCAGUCGUACUCUCCGUUCCUCCCAGUUGGCACACAACACAGCUACCGCAACUCAUUCGAUGGACUCCAAAAAAUCUAUACUUCUGAGGGUAUUCGAGGGCUGUACCGAGGUGUAGGUGCAGCCAUGGUCCGUACUGGAUUUGGUAGCUCUGUUCAGUUACCGACCUACUUCUUUGCGAAGCGACGUCUUAUGAGACAUUUGGGAAUGGAAGACGGCCCUGCACUUCACCUGGCCAGUAGUACAGCUUCAGGGUUCGUUGUCUGCUGCGUCAUGCACCCACCAGACACCAUCAUGUCACGGAUGUAUAACCAGACUGGUAACUUGUACAAGGGUGUAUUUGAUUGCUUGUACAAGACGAUUCGCACGGAAGGUUUGCUCGCCAUCUAUAAAGGCUACUUUGCCCAUCUGGCUCGUAUCCUGCCCCAUACUAUCUUGACCCUUUCCUUGGCCGAGCAAACCAACAAAUUCAUGCGCAAGUUAGAGGACCGGUUUCUUUCCGAUGACAUGAAGGCGCGGUUGUAA